AUGCCGCCCGAUGGCUCAUCAUUCACGGUCCUCAAUCUCCCGCCGACCUUCACCCUGCCACGAUGCAUGGAAUAUUUCACUCUGACCGCGGGCCCGAAUACUGAUCUCUGGCGCAAGCCACCCAACGGUGACACGUCCACCGCGCCCAUCGUCUUCACCUCCCUCCGGACGCCCUUUGUGAUCGCCGAAGUAACCGUCAGCGCAGACUGGGAGAUGGAAUGGGACCAAGGCGGACUAGUGAUCUUUGCUGGCGCCGCACCACAGUCCUUUUCUUCUUCUGAGACGUCGACGCCGACGCCGACGCUGCGACGAGCAGGCUCGGCGACAUCCGCCUCGCCCUGCAAGUGGGUCAAAGCCGGCAUAGAGUUCUCGUCGGGAACCGUCAACGCAUCCUCGGUGAGCGCAACAGCCGACGGCGCCGACUGGUGUCUAUCGCCAUUGGUGCCAACGCAGCCGCAGCCGCAGCUCUCCGGGGGUAGUGGCGGCCCGCCGAUCCAGUCGCUGCGGAUUAAGUUCGAGCGCAUCGGGCAUGCGCUCUGGAUCUGGUACCAGGCACCAUCUGCUUCACCGUAUGCGCGCUCGCCGGGCGCGGUGGGCAGUACGUGGAAGAAGCUGCGCGAGGUGACGUGGUUCUUCUAUGGCGUUGAGAAUAAGUUUGUGCAUGUUGGGGUUUACGCCAGUCGGCCAACGAAUAUCGAGCGCGGGGCUACGAUGUGGGAUGCUAUGCAUGGGCUGACGCUUGAUCCUUCGUCUGCUACGGGGCCGGCUGAUGGGUUGGUGGUGGAGUUUGAAGAUUUGGAGAUUUUCUAG